GCGCGGUUUUGCGCCGGCGCAGCCAGUGGUGUGUCGACUAUGUCUCAGCGACCUCCGCGGAACUUCCGCCAGCGCCAGGCGAACUCAAGCUCCAACUCGGACCCCGACUCUGACCCCGGGCCCAACCCUGAUUCGGGCCGCGGUGGCCGCGUUUCCGAGCGCACACUCGGGGCUCCGCGGAGUCGGGGCCGCGGCCGCGUAUGGGCGACUUCGCGUCGCGCAGGUACCUCACAGUCUGGACCUGCCCCUCCAAGUGUGCAUGGGGCCACAUCUGAAAGUUGCUCCAGUUCUCCAGAAGUGAAUGGCGACUCCUCCGGGAGACUUGCCAACCCGACCCAAGCCCGUGUGGUUCGAAGGAGGCUGCGGCAGGGGGCCAAGGCACAAGAGGACUACCUGCCACUGAGUGAGAGGCCUCAUGACCGCAUCUUGGAUUUAAAGGGGAGCAGUGACACCGACUCUGAGGACAGGCCUGCCCCCGGAGGAGCGGGGAUCUGCACGCUGAGACUCCAUGGAGCUGGUGAAGUAGCCUCCAGCAGUGAAGGUGGAGAGGAGGGCAGUUCAGAGGGGGAAGCUCAGGAUGUUUGGGAGGCCCAGCAGAUGAGGAAAGCUCUGCGAGACACAGACUCGACUCCUGCCCCUGGCCUUUCUAACGUCCAGAAGCGUCACAUGGUGAAGAGGCCCUUGGACUGGCCUGUCUCCUUUCCCCCGGUAAACUUGGAAAGCAUCAAGAAACAGCUCAGUAGCCGAUUGGCAUCCUUGGAGGGUGUGUACCGUUCCCACCAGAGGGAGUAUGAGAGAUGCCUGCAGGACAUGGACAGUGCCAAGAACACCAUCGCAAACCUCGAGAAAGCGCCUGACCCCACUCCCACACAUGCCUUUUACAGGGGCCUGAAGGCCUACCUGGCUGCCCUGGUUGACUGCCUUAGUGAGAAGAUCGUGGUCAUUCAGCAGCUAGAGGCAGCCAUGCACUCCCUCCUUCAAGAACGUGCCGCCUCCUCCCUGCAGCAACGGCAGGCAGAGUUACAGAAGGAAGCCGCGCACUUACAGCGCCUGGCAGCCAGAAAGAAGGAUGACGCUCCAGAGCCCAGUGGCUUGCAAGAGGAUGUGAGCGCCCAGAAACUCCUAGCAGAGACCACUGCUCCCCACAGUACACAAAGAAGACAAGCCAGGGAGAGUUGUGGGAGGUCCCAGCAUCAGGAAGGUAUGUCCAAUGAUGGCGAAGAUGACGAUGACAGCAUGUCUCCAUCGGAGGGGGCCGACUUCCAGGAAAGGCGAGGGGCUAUUUUACGAAGCUGCCACAGUGUUUUUGAAGAUGUCAGUGAGGAAUUUUCUGAUGUCCAGAAAAUUUUGCUGAAAUUCCAGCAGUGGCGAGAACGGUUUCCUGAUUCCUAUCAUGAAGCUUAUGCCAGUCUCUGCUUACCCAAACUUUUUAGUCCCUUCAUAAGGAUUCAGAUGUUGGAUUGGAACCCUCUGAAGCCGGACUGCACCAGUCUGCAGCACAUGCCCUGGUUCCAGUCCCUAGAGGGAUUUGCCAGCAGUGGGGCAGCAGCCCAGAGGGAGGAAGACAGCCCUGACAGAGAGAUCCUGCCAGCUGCUCUGGAUAAGACUGUCCUUCCUCACAUCACAGGUUUUGUCAGAUUCCUUUGGGACCCUGUGUCCACGUCGCAGACCAGAAGCCUUGUUCAGCACUGCAGGGAGAUUCUUGGCCUUUGUGCAGCUACAAGAGGCAGAAAGGGUCAAGCCACUCAGGAGCUGAUGGACUCGGUCAUUUCAAGACUGAAAAAGGCGGUUGAGGAAGAUGUCUUUAUUCCCCUCUAUCCAAAAAGGGUUGUAGAGGACAAAGACUCACCACACUCCAGGUUCCAGGAGCGACAGUUCUGGUCAGCUACAAAGCUCUUAGGCAACAUUCUUCUGUGGGAUGGCCUUGUCCUUGAGGAUACCUUACGUGAGCUAGCACUGGACAAGCUGCUGAACCGCUAUCUUGUCAUCGGACUCUCAAAUGCCUGCCCCGGGCCAGGGGUGGCUGAAAAGUACCGCAGGGUGGUUGAGAGUCUCCCUGAAAGCUGGCUGAGUGGGCAGCACGCAGGGUCUUCCAUUCCUCAGCUUGCCAGUCUCACGCAAGCACUGGUGCGGGCAGCUCAGCAGCUCCAUGACAGUGAGCUCAGCUCUGAAGUAGGAGACAUGGUCCUUCUGUUGGUGAAAAUGAAGGCUCUGACACAGGCCCAAGCCUUUGUGGAAAGAAACCAGCUGGAUCUGCUGAGAUCACGUGUGAACGCGUCACAGUGACCCGGAGAGAGGGCAGCCUCAGCCAAGGCCCCCAGUCCAGGAGGGCAGCUAGGUCAUUGCAGUCAAGGCCACUGGUGCCCACUGGUAUGGGGGUGCAGACCCCUCCCCCCUCUGCCCACUGGGGGGGGGGAAGGGGGAUGGGCUGUGUAUGAUUGAUCCCACCACCCUCACCACCCACCCCCGUGGUAUAUUGUCUAGCAACACAGUAGAUGCUCAAUAAACAUUUAUUGUGCUGUU